GCUAGUGGUCGGUUGGCGAAGGGUUGAGGCGGGGCAUUAGGAAAGCUGGAGGAAAAAAGUUAACAGCAAAAUGGUGGAAGCAGAUAGACCUGGGAAGCUGUUUAUAGGAGGCCUCAAUAUUGAGACUAAUGAAAAGACUCUUGAAGCAGUAUUUGGGAAAUAUGGUCACAUAGUGGAAGUUCUUUUGAUGAAGGAUCGGGAAACCAACAAGUCCAGAGGCUUUGCUUUUAUUACAUUUGAGAAUCCUGCUGAUGCUAAGGAUGCUGCCAAAGAUAUGAAUGGGAAGUCUUUGGAUGGAAAAGCAAUUAAAGUGGAGCAAGCCAACAAACCAUCUUUUGAAAGUGGUGGAAGACGGAAGCCACCACCUCCUCCAAGACACAGAGGCAAUCCAAGAAAUGUGAGAUGUGGAAGAGGAGGAAGUGGAGGAGCAAGAGGGCGUUCCUCACGUGGAGGACACUUGGGUAAUGUGUUAAAAUAUAAAGAUGCAACCGUAGGACUGGAAAACAAUGAUGGAGAAUAUUCUCUUAACCUCCACAUGAGUUCUUCCAGGGGACCCUUUCCAGUUAAAAGAGGUCCAUCUUCCAGAAGCGGAGGUCCUCCUCCUAAAAGAUCUGCUCCUUCUGCUCCCGGGCGUAGCAAUAGAGGGAUUGGAGGAAGAGGUCCACAAACACGUGGGAGAGAAAAUUAUAGAGGUCCUUCACGCAAAGAGCCAGUCUCUUCCCGAAGAGAUGCCUACAUUGCACCAAGAGAUGAUGGUUACAAUACCAAAGAUAGUUAUUCGAGCAGAGAUUAUCCAAGUUCCCGAGACACCAAGGAUUAUGCUCCACCAACCAGAGACUAUGCUUACCGUUACUAUGGCCAUUCAAGUUCUCGGGAUGAACAUUACUCUAGAGGAUAUAGUGAUCGUGAUGGCUGUGGUGGUGGUCGUGAUAGAGAUUACUCCGAACAUUCAAGUGGAGGCUCUUACAGAGAGUCAUGUGAGAGUUAUGGUAGCUCCCGUGGUGCACCACCAGCACGUGGGCCCCCUCUGAGUUAUGGUGGAAGCAGUCGGUAUGAUGAUUAUAGCAGCACACGUGAUGGAUAUGGUGGAGGUCGGGAAAGUUACUCAAGCAGCCGGAGUGAUCUCUAUAUAAGUCGUGAGCGUGGUGGCAGACAAGAACGAGGGUUUCCACCCUCUAUGGAUAGGGUGUACCCUUCUCCUCGUGAAUCGUAUGGUAGCUCAAGUUGUGGGGCUUCCAGAGGAGGUCAUGGGGGAAACCGAUCUGAAAGAGGAGGCCGUAGCAGAUACUAAAAAUAAGUUCUCUACCAAUUUAAGGGAAAACUUAAAGAGAAAACUUAACUGCAACUUUUUUUUCUGUU